GAGCUGGCUCCGCCCCCGGCGUCCUGUGGCCAUGACGACAGCCCCGCGGGACUCUCUGGUGUGCCAGCUCGCGGGGCUGCUGCGGCAGUCUGGGGAUGUGGUCCUGUCUGGUUGCAGCACACUGAGCCUGCUGACCACCACCCUGCAGCAGCUCAACUCCGUGUUUGAGCUGCACCUGGGACCAUGGAGUCCCUGCCAGUCCGGCUUUGUGGCGCUGCCAUCCCACCCUGCUGACUCCCCAGUCAUCCUCCAGCUUCAGUUCCUCUUUGACGUGCUGCAGAAAACGCUUUCCCUCAAGCUUGUCCAUGUCCCUGGGCCCAGCCUCUCAGGACCCAUCAAGAUUUUCCCCUUCAAGUCCCUUCGGCAGCUGGAGCUCCACGGGGUCCCAGUCCACUGCCUGCGUGGCCUCCGUGCUAUCUACUCUCGGCUGGAGAUCUUGGUUUGCAGCAAGAGCAUUCGGGCCUUAGAGGAACUGCUCUCUGCCUGUGGUGGUGACCUCUGCUCGGCGCUCCCCUGGCUGGCUCUGCUCACUGCUGACUUCAGCAACAACUCCCUGACUGCCCUCGAUGGCUCCCUGGGCCUCCUGUUGGCUGUGCGCUUCCUGAGCCUAAGCCAUAAUCAGAUCCAGGACUGUGAGGCCUUCCUGACGGCCUUGGGCGAGCUCCACCACCUGGACGUCUCCUAUAACUUCCUGCGCGUGGUACCCAGAAUGGGCCCCUCGGGGGCUGCUCUGGGAACUCUGAUACUUCGAGGCAACGAGCUCCGGAGUCUGCUCGGGGUGGAGCAGCUGAGGAAGCUGUGGCACCUGGAUGUGGCCUACAACUUGCUGGAAGAUCACAGGGAGCUGGCACCGCUCCAGCUGCUGGCUGAGCUCUGCAAGCUUUACCUGGAGGGGAACCCAUUGUGGUUCCACCCUGCGCACCGAGUGGCCACGGCCCAGUACUUGUCACCCCGGGCCAGGGAUGCUGUUCCUGGGUUCCUGCUGGAUGGUGAGAUCCUGUCCUUGGCAGAGUUUCAGGCCUCCACCUCCUCCGGCCCCGGCCCGGCGGCCCCACCUGUACCCUGGCCAGUCGGGAGUGCCACUGAGACCUCUGGUGGCCCUGACUUGAGUGACAGUCCCUCCUCUGGGGGCCUGGCAGCCCGGCCCCUACCGAAGAAGGGUAAGAGCCGAGUCCGAGUGAGACGGGCCAGCAUCUCUGAACCCAGUGACACUGACGCAGAGCCCUGCACUCUGGACCCCUCCCCAGCGAGCUGGUUUGCACAACAGCACCGGGAGCUCGAGCUCAUGAACAGCUUCCGGGAGCGCUUUGGCUGUGACUGGCUGCAGUACAGGAGUCACUUGGAGACUUCAGAGGACCCCGCCCUGACCACCUCCCAGCCCUCGAACUUCAGCCAAGUGCCCUCGGAUACACUGGGCUCAGAGCCGGUGCCUGGCCCUUGGGCUACAGAGAAGGUGGCCUCCAGUCCUGAGGGGUCAGAGACGUCAGUACAGGAGCCGUCAGAGGCGGUCCUGGUUGGACUGGAGCCCCUGGAGGCAGAGGAGGCGGAGGACCUGGUCGAAGAGGACGGGGCUGGGGACCAGGAGGAUGGGCCUGGUGAAGUGGAAGCUGAGCGGUGCCGCCCCAUGCUGGUAUGCCCCUUGCAGGGGCCUGCGGGCCUCCGGGGCAGAGAGUGCUUCCUGCGGGUCACCUCGGCCCACCUGUUGGAGGUGGAACUCCAAGCAGCUCGGACCUUGGAGCGGCUGGAGCUUCAGAGUCUGGAGACCGCUGAGCUAGAGCCCGAGCCCGAGCCCCAGGGAGACUUGGCCCCCGGUGAGCUGCUUCCCAUCCUCGCCCUGCGCUUCUCCUAUAUCCGCCCUGACCAGCAGCUACGCCGCUACGUGGUGCUGGAGCCCGAUGCCCACGCCGCUGUCCAGGAGCUGCUAGCCGUGCUGCCUGCAGCCUCCAGCCCACACUUGUGUGGGCACCCGAGUGGGGAAGCCGGGGACCCCGUGCGGCAUAGCCUGCAGUGUCUGCGCUGUGGCCAUGAGUUCAAACCAGAGGAACCCAAGCCGGAGCUGGGCAGUGAGGAUGCCAGGAGGUCCCAGAAGACUGACUCCUUUGCCAAAUGUCCCAACUGUGGCAGUGACCAUGUGGUGCUCCUGGCCCUGUCUCCCAGCAAGGACCGCAGCCAGGGCGACCAGUGCCCCACACCUCCCCCAUUUCUCAGUCCUACCGGUGACUCUUCUGGCCACAGUGACCCCCACAGCAGGCCUGACAAUGUCCCAUCCCAGGUUCUGGUUGCCCAGGACCACAGCAACUGGAGCCUCAGUCCCCCCCCUGACCGCGCUGGCCUCCGAGCUGUGGACCACCGGCUGCGGCUCUUCCUGGAUGUGGAGGUGUUUGCUGAGGCCCAGGAGGAGUUCCAGUGCUGCCUCAAGGUGCCGCUUGUGCUGGAGGGCCACGUCGGAGAGACUCUGUGUCUUGUGGUCAUUUCUGACCUCAGGUUGUACGUGCUGAGGGUGACUGGCGAGGCCUGGGGGCCUCCAGCUGACUGGCUGCAGCCGACCCUGGCCAUCCCCCUGCAGGACCUGAGCAGCAUAGAGCUAGGCCUGGCGGGACAGAGCCUGCGGCUGGAGUGGGCGGCUGGUGAGAGCAGCUGCGUCCUCCUGCCACGAGAUGCCCGGCCCUGCUGCGCCUUCCUGGGCGAGCUCACUGAUGUCUUGCAGUCUCUGCCCCCCACCCAGAAGAGCUGCGUCAGGGCCACAGAGGAGGCCAUGACCCCACAGCACCGGCUCUGGCCACUGCUGGACACAGACUCUACCCCAGAGGCGCCCCGGUUCUUCUACCUCCGUGUGUUCCUGGUGGAAGGCCCCUCUACGUGCCCUGUGUCCCUGCUGCUGACUCUGUCCACCCUGUACCUGCUAGAUGAGGCCCCUGCAGGGCCCCAGGCUGAGGCCCCUCCUCCAGCAGCAUCUGCUGAAGCCCAGGAGAAGGCAGCUCCCCUGGGGCCAGGCCCUCCAGUGGAGGUCCAGGAGCAGCAGCCUCUCAGCAGCCUGAGCUCCGUGCUGCUCUACCGCUCUGCCCCGCACCACCUGCGGCUGGUCUUCUAUGACGAGGUGUCUCGGCUGGAGAGCUUUUGGCCCCUCCGGGUGGCGUGUCCAGAGCAGCUGACGGCACUGCUGGCCUGGAUCCGUGAGCCCUGGGAGGAACUGUUUUCCAUUGGACUCCGCACUGUGACCUGCGAGGCUGUGGACCCUGACCAGUGAGCCUGCCCCCGCUGCCCGACGCUGACUGUCAGGGCUGACGGGGCCCUUCUGGUCCUGGGGUCUAGCUCGAGACUGGCGGUGGAUGGACGUCUUUGGUGCUGGCCAGGGAAGCACCAAGGGCCCCACGUCUCACAGCGUUUCCCUUGCCUCAGCCGCUGGAAGGUUUGGCCUGAGGCGACAGGUGGCAAAGUGGUCACUUGGGAUUGUCCCCCGUCUUACCCCCGUGCUUUUUCUCAGGUGUCAGUAAAGUUCCCAUCCUAGGUGUCUCAGGUGUCAGGGUGGACUUAGUCACGUCAGUCACGGGGCCUCUCUGCCAGGGCUGCUUUGCCACCACGAACGGCCUGUUCAGGAAGCCCCCACUUGGGACACAGUGAGGGUCUCAAGCUGGUGGCGGUGGCCACUGAAACGGAGGGUGUCUGGGAGAGAGGGGGCGAGGAGAGCAGGCUGGGAGGAAUGGGGCUGGCUGGUUUCGCUCCUCACCAUGCUGGCUUCAGCAUCCCCUCAUGGUGAGCCCUUCCUCGCCUCUCUCAGCUGCAGUCACUGGUUCAAGAGGACGAGGCCUCCCCCUGGCUUUGCUGGAGCAACAAGGAAGAACAAUGUCCUGUCCCCACGGGGCAGCUGGGAGACAAUGCUGCAGGGGCUGCUGGCCCUGAGGAGGGCAGAGCAGAGGGCAGGGGGAGAGGUCCUGGUGACUCUCGCUUGGAGCCCAGCGCCCAGUGUGCCUGUACAGAUUUUGUGUUGAGUAAACUGGGAGCCCCUUG